CGAAUAUAUAUACAGGAUAUUCAGCAGGCGAAUAUAACUUCCGUAUUCAAGGGCCUUUAAUUUCUCGACAACGAGCAGGACAACAUUUUUAAUCAUCUAGUUGAAACAUGAAAACGUGGUUUUGGAUCUUUGGCUGGUUUCUUUCAAUCCUUACCAUUACUGGGAACGGCCUCAUUAUCUUCCUGAUUUGUAAGCGUAAACAGCUUCGCACCAAAACCAACGCGUUUGUGGCGUCUUUAGCUGUGGCUGAUUUCUUUGUUGGGAUGACGGUUGUUCCUGUUUUAUUUAUCUUAAAAGAAACAGUUUCAAAAACUGAGCUAGCAGAUGAGGUCCAGCUCUACGUGAGGUUGUUUUUUGUGAGGGCGUCAGUCACGAAUUUGUGCAGUCUGGUAUUGGAUCGCUUCGUGGCCGUCGUGAAACCAUUGAAAUACUUGAUAUUUAUGACGCAUGGCCGAGUCAUUCAAGUGGUUUUCUUGUCAUGGGCCUUUCCGGCAAUUUUUAUCACAGUGAGAGCAUCUCUCCACUUUGCCUUCCAAGAGCGACACCUCGAUAACAUCUUCAAUUGGUUAGACGCAUUCAAUUUUAAACUCGUCCCCUGUGUCAUUUUAGUCUUCUGCUUUGCAUGUAUGCUAACUAUUAUUUGUAAGCACCAUCGAAAAAUGCGUACUCUUGUAAAACAAAUACGUUCCAAUGCACCCGUUUGCUUUCGAACUCAAGAUAGCGCCGCUGUUAAAAUAAUGGCCAUUGUUAUUGGGGUGUUUCUGCUUUGCAGCGCAAUCAGGUUCCAUUGCGGGCUCAGUUCUCUUAGCCGUGGUAAUAUCGAUUGCGAUAUCCUUCGCGUAAAAAUACUUAUUACAAUUUUAAACUCAGCUGUAAACCCUAUAGCUUAUGCAGUAUAUAAGAGAGACAUUAAAAAAGAGCUUAAAAGAAUGACAAGAAUGAACUUUUCGGAAUAAAACACAAUUCUGGAGAAUAAUUUCAAAAUUCGUAAGAAGAGUAGAAAUAGAGAGGAAGUACUUCUCCAAGUUUUAAGCUCGGCUGUUUUAACAGCUAAAGAGUUUAAAGAAUGAACACUUGAGAAUGACUCUACAAUUAAUCAUGGAGAAUAAUAACAUUGGUAAAAAGAGUACAAAUGGAGAGAUAAUACUUUUUUAAAAUUUUAAACUCAGCUGUGAAGCCUUCAGCUUAUGUAUCAUUUAAGAGAGACAAAGAUGGAGCAAAUCGAUUGAUCAUUUCAACCUUUCCACUCCUAAGAUCUCAUUAGUAAUUCUCCUCGCUG